GCACUGACCAGCUGACGUCGCUGAACAGGCAGCUUCAACAGACGUCUGUCCAAAAAAGCCAGUUAGGUGAAGAAGCCUUUGUGUUGAGGGGAAAGGUCAGGCAGCUGAAACUGCAACUGGACACGUGCAGCUCGACCGCCUCGGCUGUUACCAGCUCGUAUCAAAACGAACUGCAGUUAAAACUGAAGCAGCAGCUCGAGAAAUUUGACAACGAUGCAUUUCUGAUUCUGAAAGUCAUGGCACUCACCAGUGAGGUGAAUAAUUUACAGAAGAAGCUCAGACUUGAUUCUAAUUCUACGAAAGCUACUGAAAUAGCUGAGCUGCAGAGAGAGUUGGAAGAGAAGAGCGCCGAACUGAAUGUUAAGAAACAGCAAAUAGAACAAAACGUCGCAAACUCAACGCUCAUUCUUCAGAUAAUCUCGCUGCAAAGUCAGAUCUGGGAUUUACAACAGACGCAAUCAAGACAGUCCGACAGGAGAAUUCUGGCUCUACAAGAGCAGCUCGACAGGAAGAUCGCUGAGCUGCGAGGCUCAGCAGCUGUCCCCUCAGCGAUGCUGGAGCUGAUUUCUGUGCGCCAGAAGAUUACAGCAAUACAGAAGACCAUCAGUUUAUACUUUGAGGAAUCCAGAACCAACGUCGCCGAUGUCCAGAUGCAACUGAGACGAAAGACUGAACUCCUUAAAAAGAAGAUUAUGCAAUUAAGUCGUGACGAGAACAACAAACAACUCACCAGAGAAAUUCUGGUGCUGCAGGGUGAGUUGGACCAGCUUGACAAGUUGGUGGUGAACACCACGAAGACAACUGACUACCAAAUUCAAGAGAUAAGAGUUCUUUUGGAAGAACAACGGAAACGGCAAAUCAUUUUACAGAAACAACUGGAGGAAGCAGAUUAUCCCCAGGCACAACUCAUCAUGAAACUCAUCAGCAUCAUGGAAGAAGUGAGAGAGCAACAGCUGACAACAUCGACCGCUCAAACCAAUUCUCUGCUUCAAGCCAAAGAAAAGGAGUACGCCAAAGCUCAGGCUGAAAUAAGAGAUCUGCAGAGGAAACUGGAACUGAAGAACAAAACGUGCUCUGGACCCGAGACAAGAUAUGAGCAGGUAAAGACUGAAUAUGAACAGAAGAUUGCAGAACUGAACAGAACUGGAGACUCCACAGUGGCGCUCAUUCUGAAUGUGAUCAAGCUGCGUGAUGAGGUGAAAGCUUUGAGGGAAGAGAUCUCCAGCUCAGACGACCCAGACAAGAUCUCAGAGCUGCAAAGUCAACUGCAGAAAAAGCAACGAGAGCUGGACUCCAAGACUGAAGACAUCGAGAAACUGAAUGACAAUCCGAGAACAGUCUUAACAAUCAUCGAGCUGCAGGAAGAGAUCUGGGACCUUCAGAAGAAAGCUGCCAACGGACCCACAAGCGGCAAUCUGAAAAAGUUGCAAAACAGACUGGAUGGUCUUCUGGGUGAAAUAGAUGACCAAGAUGGCAGCAACACACAACUGAUGCUGAGAAUCAUAUUCCUGCAGAGUCAAAUAAAACACCUGGAGAGACAGCUGUCAAACCCCCAUAUGCCACAAAACACCACCGCUACCCAGCUCCAAAAUGACCUCGCAAGCAAGAAGACAAAGCUGGAGAACUAUGUCAGCAAGCUGAAUGAGAAGAACCCGACAGCUGCCAAACUGAUUUUGAGCAUCGCUGGUCUGCACAGCCAGCUCAGAAACCUAGAAAAAGCAAAGCCAACCGAGAGCCAAACAGCUUCUGCUACAAUUUCAAAGCUGAGGGAACAACUAAAGAAUAAAGAGGAGGAGCACUCUCGUGAUCAAGCUGUGAUCGGAGCUCUGCAGAACAAACUGAACCAGACGGAGGCUCAGUGUUCUGAACAGAAAAUUAAGGAGCUUCAGAACAACCUGGAUACCAAAAUAACGGAGCUGCAAUCCAAAUCUGACACAGUUAGUUCACUUGCACUUCAAAUCACUACAUUAACUCUGCAAGUGGACGAACUGAAGAGACAACUACAAAACACUGAAUCCAAAUCCAAGGUUGAAGAACUCCAAAAAAUUAUAGAUGAAAAAACUAAAGAACUGGACAAAAAAACAGAAGAGCUGAGGAAACGAAGUUUACAACCACAAAGACUCCUACAGAUUAUUUCCAUACAAACAGAGAUUGAGAAACUGGCUAGCGUGGCAGCAAAUGACACAGACUACGAUAAGAUAAGAGCAUACCAAGACCAUCUCAAUUAUUUGAUUAACGAAAUUCAAGAUGAAAACAGUGAAAAUACUAAACUGAUGUUUCAAUUCAUGGCGCAACGAGACGAAAUAGCCAGACUCAAGAAGCAAGAAGAGAGUCAGCUACAGGCACAAGUAGAAAAGAUUAAAGAUCUGGAAGAUAAGUUGGAGGACAUCAGAAAUCAGAUAAAAGAAAAGACGCACAUGUUGGAUUCAAGUGAUAUGAGGAUUUCUAAUCAGUCGGCUCAGAUUAUGGAGCUUCACGGGAAAAUCGAACCACUGGAGGAUAAAAUAUCAAGCCUCAAAAAGAACCACGCUGAAGACCUUGCUGAGCUUCAAGAGAGACUGAAUUUUACAAGCAGGCAACUGCAAGUCAGUGAAGUUCAACUCCAGCAGGCAGACACAAAGAAUUUUAACUUAAUAACGGAGAUCGCUGAUCUGAGGGGACAGCUGAAGAAGGCCAAGAAAAAGGCAUCUGAAGUCUCUGGGAAAAACAUUAACGACCUGGAACAACAACUAAGAACACAACAAAGAGAGAAUACAAAGCUUGAACGCGCAAAUAAAGACUUAACACAAGACAUCCAACAGCUGAGAAAGUGCUGCAGUGAUGUCAAGCCCCUGUGUGACGACUUAGAAAGACAACUGCAGCAGAGCCAGGAGGAUGCAGAUCGCCUGCAGAAGCAGCUGCACGACAAAGACGCCACGCUCAAACAACUGGACCAGGAGUUACAAGAACGGACGAAGGAGAAUAAUCAGCUGCAGCACGAAAAAAGCAAUCUGAUGUUACAACUGCAACAGAGAGAGGACGACGCUCAGCACCAACAGCAGCAGCUGCAUGAGAGCGACGCCAGGCUCAGACAGCUGGAGCAUAACUUAGAUGAACAGACCAAUGAGAAUAAAAAACUGCUGGAAGACUACAACAACCUGCAAAACGAGAAGAACAAACUUGAGAACGAUUUAGAAGAACUUCAAAAGCAACAGGAAGAUGUGGAAGAUCAAACGAUCUAUGCCACAAAGACGACCUUUGAUCCAGACACAGCGAACUCAAGAGUAGUACUGUCUGCAGACAACACCGAGAUGUCCACCACUGAUUCCACACAAAAUGUCCCCGACCAUCUGGGCCGUUUUGACGUGAUUCUUGCUGCCCUGGGUGCGACUGGUUACUCGAGUGGCCGACAUUACUGGGAGGUGUCUGUAGCUGGGAAGAGUUGUUUCCACAUUGGGAUGGCCAGCGAAUCUGCUCCAAGAAGGGGAUCGUUUACAUUCAAUCCGACAAGGGGUUUUUGGACUAUAGUCCUGAACAAACAGGGUCAGUACAGAGCUUUAGAUAGGAGGUCUGUUCCUAUUGUUUGUCCAACACAACCUCUUACACUGGGCGUCCUGCUGGACUACAAAAAGGGACAGAUCUCUUUCUACGACGCUGGUGCCAGAUCUCAUUUGUACUCUUUUGUAGGUCAAACAUUUACAGACAAAAUCUAUCCAUUUGUCAAUUUUUGUGUUGAGAAUACUGCAAAUCCGAAUCCAAUAGUUUUACUUUCUCCUGGAUCAGUUGACUGGAUAAAAUAAGAAACAUCACAAGUUCUGUUUGGUCCUGUAUGUCGAAUUUAUGCAUCUCAGUUAUGAACAUCUGCAGAAUAGCUCUCAUUGAUAUUUCUGUAAAUACUGCUGUUGAGUGUCUCAGACAAUAAAAUACAAUAAUACAUUUUGUUUAUUCUCCUUUUU